AUGAGCCUGCUUCAGAGAUUGCCGAUCGGCUGUCUCCGGGCAACAAGCAUACCCUCGCUAGGCCUACGCACACAGAAUGCCUGUCGACCAGUGCCUUCCACCACCCGUACCUUCCAGACCUUGUCUCGUCCAACAGUCUUUACCAAACAUACCACCAACCACACUAUUUCUGCUGUCUAUCCUGGAGAUUUUCGGCGUCGUCCUAUACUGCAGACCACUCGGUAUUUCCAGUCCUCUAAAGAAGCUGCUCCGACCCCAACCAAGCCUGGAGGAACUUCGGUAAUACCUCCUAAACUGGACCCGUCUGUCACGCCCAAAGCUGUGGAUAUUUUGGCAGAAACGCCCAAACAGAGAAACGCCACAGAUUGGGCAAUCAUUCGACAAUUGAUGAAAUAUAUCUGGCCUAAAGACGACUAUAGCGUAAAAGCCAGAGUUGUUAUCGCACUAUCAUUACUCUUGGGUGGAAAGCUUUUGAACGUUCAAGUUCCGUUUUAUUUUAAAGAUGUGAUUGAUUCUCUUAAUAUUCCCUUGGACGCAGAUACAACUCUGUGGACCGUGUGUGGUGCUGCUAUUAUUGGCUAUGGCUUGGCUCGUCUUGGUGCAAGUGCAUUCCAGGAACUUCGAAAUGCUGUAUUCGCUGCUGUUGCCCAGAAAGCUAUCCGUCGCGUAGCUCUCAAUGUAUUUUCCCAUCUUCUUCAUCUCGACAUUGGGUUCCAUCUAUCUCGUCAGACAGGUGGAUUGAAUCGUGCUAUUGAUCGUGGUACAAAAGGUAUCAGUUUUAUGGUAAGCUCAAUGGUGUUCCAUGUCUUGCCAACUGCUCUGGAGAUUGGCAUGGUCAGCGGUAUUUUGGCCUAUCAAUUUGGUACACCAUAUGCACUCGUUACUCUGUGUACCAUCACUACCUACACUGUAUUUACUGUGGCAACAACAGCAUGGAGAACAAAAUUCAGAAAACAAGCAAACAUGGCAGACAAUGAAGCGGCCUCAAAGGCAGUAGAUUCUUUAAUCAACUUUGAAGCAGUCAAGUACUUUAAUAACGAGAAGUUUGAAGUGGAGCAGUACAGUGUUCCUCUGAAAAAAUACGAAAAGGCUUCUCUCAAGAUUGCUUCUAGUUUAGCACUUUUGAAUGCAGGUCAAAAUGCAAUCUUUAGUACUUCCUUGACUGUCAUUAUGCUUUUGUCUGCUAACAGUGUUAUGAAAGGAACCAUGACUGUGGGUGAUGUUGUAAUGGUCAACCAGCUUGUUUUCCAACUGUCGAUGCCGCUCAAUUUUCUGGGAUCUGUGUAUAGAGAGCUUCGACAGUCAUUGAUUGAUAUGGACACCAUGUUUAGUCUCGAAAACCAAAAGGCCUUGAUCCAGGACGCACCCAAUGCAAAGGAUUAUAUUUUCAAGGGAGGAAACAUUCGUUUCGAAAAUGUUGUGUUCGGAUAUCACACAGAGAGACCUAUUUUGGAUGGUGUUAGUUUUACUAUCCCAGCUGGAAACAAGGCUGCCUUUGUAGGCCCAAGUGGUUGCGGUAAAUCUACCAUUCUUCGCCUGUUGUUCCGUUUCUACCAACCUCAGCAAGGAGAUAUUUAUAUCGAUGACCAGAAUGUCAAGGAUCUCAAGAUCGAUAGCCUUCGUCGUGCGAUUGGAGUGGUAGCACAAGACACCAGUUUGUUCAACAACUCGAUUUACUACAACAUUCACUAUGGAUCUAUUGAAUCCAGUCGCGAAGAUGUUUAUCGGGCAGCCAAGCGAGCACAUAUUCACGAUGUAAUCAUGAGCUUGCCGGACAAGUAUGAAACCAGUGUUGGCGAACGUGGUCUGAUGCUUUCUGGUGGUGAGAAACAGCGGAUCUCUCUGGCGCGCACUAUCCUCAAGAACCCACAGAUGUUACUCUUGGAUGAGGCCACUUCUGCUCUGGAUACCCACACCGAGCAAUCUCUUUUGGCCAACUUCAGAACCAUCCUUAGAGAUACGGGCAUGACAAGUGUUCAUAUUGCCCACCGCUUGAGAACGAUUGCUGAUGCAGAUCAAAUCUUUGUCUUGAAGCAAGGCAAAAUAGUCGAGACCGGGCGUCAUGACAAUCUACUGAAAAAGGAGGGAAGUGUUUAUAAAGAGAUGUGGACCAAGCAGGAGAACCCCCAUUAUUUCUCAAGUAGAGACGAGUCAGAGUUUCUGCCGGAUGAUCCCAACCCUACCAAGAAGGAUUAG